CUUCAUUCAUUUUUAUACAGUCACAGUCUAGAGUGAAAAAAAAAAUAAAAAAAAUAUACAGCUGCGCGUUUCUUUUUUCUCUUAGCGCAAACCAAAUUAAAAAAAGAUAAUGGCAAAACAUCAUCCUGAUUUGAUUUUUUGUCGUAAACAACCAGGUAUUGCCAUUGGUCGUUUGUGUGAAAAAUGUGAUGGUAAAUGUGUGAUUUGCGACAGUUAUGUCAGACCCGCAACCCUUGUACGUAUCUGCGAUGAGUGCAACUUUGGUUCUUUCCAAGGUCGAUGUGUUAUUUGUGGAGGAGCCGGUGUAUCGGAUGCUUAUUAUUGUGUGGGCUGCACCAGACUAGAAAAGGAUCGCGAAGGCUGUCCCAAGAUUAUCAACCUUGGUUCAUCAAAAACAGACUUGUUUUACGAGCGGAAAAAAUUUGGAUUUAAAAAGAGAUAACAUUGAUACCGUUCAACACACACAACAACAACAAAAGUUUAGCAGAGGGCGUUGGACGGGUAGAUUUCUUAUUAUGCAACGAUGUACAGUUUUAUAAAUAAUAAAAAAAAAAAAAUAUAAUGUUAUUUUUUUUUAUUAUUAUCAUUUUAAAAAAAAAAUUAUGUACAGAAUAGUAAGAAUUGGUAUAUAUUAAA